GCAAAAGAGAGAGGUAAACACUGUUCUGUCUCACAGGCAACUCUAAUGAUCUCAACCACAUCCAGCACAGCAGAGAUGGUUACGCAAGGUAAACUUGAAAUUAACGUCAAUAAUGUGGAAGAUAAAAACGCAUCGAGACUGGGAUGCUUUGGUUGGAUGUUGGUAAUUGUGUCACUCAUCUUUGUUGUGGCAACCUUCCCGAUCACACUGUUCAUGUGUGUUAAGAUAGUGCAGGAAUAUGAGCGAGCGGUCAUUUUCAGACUUGGCCGGAUUGCAGACAGGAAACCUAAAGGGCCGGGACUUUUCUUUGUUUUGCCCUGCACUGAUAACUUUGUGAAAGUUGAUCUGAGGACUGUGUCCUUUGAUAUACCUCCUCAAGAAAUUCUGACCAAAGACUCUGUGACGGUGUCUGUGGAUGGUGUGGUAUACUUCCGGAUACACUGCCCGAUCUCAUCUGUGGCCAAUGUGUCUAACGCACACUCAUCUACACGACUACUUGCUCAAACCACUUUGAGGAACGUCCUUGGCACUAAAAACCUUGCUGAACUUCUAUCUGACAGAGAGGGCAUUUCACUCAGUAUGCAGGAAGCCCUGGAUGAGGCCACUGAUCCAUGGGGUAUCAAGGUGGAGCGUGUGGAGAUCAAGGAUGUGAAGCUGCCUCACCAGCUGCAGAGAGCUAUGGCAGCAGAGGCAGAAGCCAGCCGGGAGGCAAGAGCAAAGAUUAUUGCAGCAGAAGGAGAGAUGAAGGCCUCCAGGGCUCUAAAAGAAGCGGCUCUAGUGAUAGCUGAGGCCCCUUCUGCUCUUCAGCUGCGAUACCUGCAGACUCUCAACACCAUCGCAACGGAGAAGAACUCCACCAUUAUCUUCCCUAUGCCCAUAGAUAUAUUACAGAGUUUCAUGCCAAGAAAAUGAGAAAUCUCACAUCAGUACGUUCAAUAUAAGCUAAAUUAAGUCCGAUUUGCACUGAUACUAGUGUUAUAUUGUUGAUUCAACAACUAGAAAGCUUCAGUGGUACCACUAUAUUGUGUGAUUUAGGAGACUUGAUGUGUUUGUUACUGCUCCUCAAACACACUAAGUUUGUAGUUUUUAUUUUGUAACUUAGAAAGCUAUAAGCUAUGCAUCAAAAUGCAUAUACACACCAAAUCCCACAAAUAUAUACUUUAUGUGUAUGCUUACUGUGAUUUAAUAUUUAAAUACAAAGUGCAACAUAUACAGUAUAGCCAUUAACUGUCAUCAUUGACCACAAUAUUUUAAAAAGCUAAGCUACAGUUUCCCCUCUGGAAGAGGGCACAUGUCUAAAUGUUUCAACAGAAUAUACCAGAAAUAUGAAACAAAAGUAAUGCACAAGCAUAAGGUCAUGCUUUCAUAUAAACUAAUCCAGAGAACAAAUUUCUGAAAUACCUAAUACAAUCUUUUCACUGAAGUCCUGUAAACAAUCAACAGAAGUCCUAAGAUCCAUGU